GAUAAAUCUGCCUCCUAAUGUAGAAACUAAUGGCCUCUAGCUUCAUAGUGUAACUACUGUAUAACUAUAAAACUAAUACAAACUACAUGAAUACUGUGGAUACUAUUUGAGCUUAAGUGCUUAGGUUGGGUGAGCCCGUAUUGAAACUAGCUGUUUAAAGCACCAGACGAGGAAAGCUGAGCACAGAAUUAGUUGACAUGGGUCUAGCGGGGGCCGAUUCUAAGCUGAAAUAUGUGCAUUUAAUUUUGCUUCUGUUGGUGACUGGUGUAAUUAUUCUGGGACUGGUCUACUUGAAUGAAACAUCGCAAAAAGUGCAAUUACAGCAAAAGGUUUUAUUUAUGGAAAAGCAAGCACACCAUAUAGUGGCUGAACGGUCUAUAAUACGAACUAGAGCAAAUCAUUUACAGGGGCUGGUAGAAAACCAGAAGAAUGAUAUAAAAAACAUUCAAGAAAUCUGUAAUUCACAUUUAGAAGAACAACAGCAAGAAUGCUCAAUAACAAAGAAUGACCUACUAAAAACUAUUUCCACAAAUGAUAAAGUCAUCAUGAAUCUAAAACGUGAUUAUGAGCUUUUACAGAAACGUUUUGAUUCAUUGAAUUUGCAAAUGGAGGAGUUUGAAAAGGCUCAGUCAAGACUAUUAGAAAAAUUCUCCACCCAGUCGACACAAUGUAUGAAGGUGAUCAAUCUGGUUAGUGAACUUUGUAAUGAAAAAAAUGACAACAAAUUAAGAAAAGUGUCAGUAUCAAAUAUAACUGAUGGCAUAUUCUUAAAAAGGACUACAGUGGCAGAAGAACUGAACAGAACUCAGGAGAUAUUCCUAAUAUCAAAUGCCAGUUCCACUAACAGCUCAGAAAAGCUAGUGAGACUUGAAGCUCCACAAGGCAGAACCCUAAAUAACAAUUUAACAAAUGAUUCAGGUGACAAUAACACUACAGCUUCCAUUGAAACAUUUGAAAACACUACCCAGAUGCUUUCAGCAGAUCAAAAACAAGACGAGGAAAGCAAUAUUAUUGUUGAAUUAGAAAAUAGGCUGAUUGAGGACAUUGUAGAAGCAGAUGCUAUAGAGAGCAACAACAUUGACAAGCUCAAUGACAAUUUUGAAGAUGAUGAGGAUAUCAUGACUCUCCUACUACAGGAGAAAAAGAGUCAAAACAUGAAAAAGCUUGAAGAUCUUCAGACAGAAAAAAGAAAUGAAUUUAUUAAUAACCGUGAUGUUGCAUCAGAUCACAGAAACAACACAAAUGUGCAGGCAAAGCAUACAACUCAGACACAAGAGCAAAUUAUUCCAUUUUCAAACAUUAAAAAAAAAUUAAGUCCAAAAAGAAAGGAGACAGAUAACAUGAAUGAUAUGGAGUCAAAGCAAGAAAAAGCUGCUCAAGAAUCAAGUGCAUCCAAAGUAGUUGUCUUGAAAAAUGAAACUGCACAAGUAAAAGUGAAUGCAGAAGCAAAAAACAAUAUUUCUGAGCUGCUUGAAUCCAUGGAAGUUGAGCACUCUGCAAAAUUAAACCGCUUGAAGCAGUCUGAUAAUCAAAUAAAUAUCACAGUCCCAAAUUUAGUUCCAAACCCAACUACAAAUGUCAGUUUAGCAAAAGAAUCAUAUUUGGAUACAGAUAAAAGAGCUAAAAGUGAAAAGGAAGGGUACAGCACAAGAAGGAAUGAUGGAAACAUCAUCAUAAAUACUGUAACCAAUAAAGAAAAAAACAAGAAACCAACUGCAAAGUUAAAUAUCCCACAGGCUCUUCACAAGGAAAACAUACUCACAGUAGGAGAGAGAAAAAAUAACAAUUAUAAAAAAAAUGAGCUAAAUCAGUUAUAGAAGAGUCAGUCUUAAUUUGCAAAUGAUCUGGAACAUUCCAUAAAAAAAUUCCUAAUGUUGUCAAAGUUGACUUUUAAUUACUAUAAAGGAGUCUCAACAGUUGCUCAUAGAAACUAUGGAGUUGUUCUUAGAUGCAACAACAAACUGCAGGAGUUAGGGUUUUUUUUAGAGAUGCUAAAUCUAAGCACGUUGUCAAAUUUUGAAGCAUUCAAAUCAAUUUUAACUGUUUGCCAACUUGAAGUCAUGUGACCUUACUACUCUUGACAACUGAGCAUCAUAUUUUUUUUGUUCUUAGAUGAUGCAAUUUUUUUUAUUUUUCUCAUCUUUGAAUAUGCAAAUUAGAGUUCUGAUUCAGAUGGAUCCUUCAUGGAGAAUUUGGUAUUCAGAAAAGUCCAAAAAUUAUACAUUUGGUGGCAAACUAUACAUUACCUAUAGGGAUGUUUACAUAGAAGCAUCCAGCAAAGAGAGCAGUGGAGGGUCACAACUGUUUACUGUGAUGUUACAAAAUUGCACUAGUUUUCACAUGCAUCGAUCUUCACGGAACUGCAGAAACAUUAUUGGUUUUUGACAUUUUUGACUUAGAUACAGGAUAUACAGUAGGUUAAAUACAAAUAUGGUUUAAGCAGCACAUACAUUAUUUAUUGCUUUACAUGUUAUCAUUGCAAAAUUAGGGAUGUUAGGUAUUGAAUAAAGCUAAAUAAAACAAAAAAUACAAUUUUUAAUAUA